UACAUUUGGAAACCGCCAUCGGCUGGAACUCGAAACGGUCAAGAGUCCUUCCAAACGGUCAGGAAAUCUUCACCGACUUCACCUCUCCCUCUCUCUCUCGCGGCCGGCCUUCAAUUUGUCUCCUACUUCCGAGUUAUGAUUCUUAUCAGAAUCUCUGCAUCUCAAACUCUACAAUGUUUGUUUAUUUCCACUUCCAACCGCUCUCGUUAUUUAGGGUUUUCCCCGGACCCAAACCAUCGCUUAUUUUCUCCUUCGUCUUCUUGACCGUUACCGAUGGCGUCUUCGUCGCCGGCCAGUUCUUCGUACGGCUUCUUCUUCUUCAUCGUCCUUAGCCUCUGUUCGCUCUCGUUGACUCGUUCAUCGACAAUCGGAGUCGAGUACAUCUCGCGCCUCCUCGAAAUUCAGGACCAAGAGAGAGCUCCUCCGUCCGUCCAAGUUGCCGCCGCUCGCGGCGUCCUUCGGCGGCUUAUUCCGUCUCAUUCGUCCAGUUUCGACUUCCGAAUCGUUUCUAAGGAUGCAUGCGGUGGAGAAUCUUGCUUUAUUAUUAGCAACCAUCUCUCUCCCAGCAUACAUGGCACUCCGGAGAUUUUAAUUAGUGGUCUCACUGGUGUAGAGCUUUCAGCUGGUCUACACUGGUACAUAAAGCACUGGUGUGGAGCUCAUAUAUCAUGGGAUAAAACUGGUGGGGUACAACUAUCUUCAGUACCUAAACCAGGCUCUUUUCCUCGUGUACAAGAUGCUGGAAUCUUAGUUCAAAGGCCAAUUCCUUGGCAUUACUACCAGAAUGCUGUUACAUCUAGCUAUACAUUUGCCUGGUGGGACUGGGAAAGAUGGGAAAAGGAGAUUGACUGGAUGGCUCUCCAAGGUAUCAAUUUGCCUCUAGCAUUCACUGGGCAAGAGGCUAUUUGGCAAAAGGUCUUUCAGCAGAAUUUCAAUAUUAGCAAUUCAGAUUUGAAUGAUUUCUUUGGAGGACCAGCUUUUCUUGCAUGGUCAAGGAUGGGGAAUCUUCAUGGAUGGGGUGGACCUCUACCUCAAAGUUGGUUAGAUCACCAACUAACUCUGCAGAAGAAAAUUCUUGCCAGAAUGUAUGAAUUUGGGAUGACUCCAGUUCUUCCGGCUUUCUCUGGUAAUGUUCCUGCAGCAUUGAAAAAUAUUUUUCCAUCUGCAAGAAUAACACGUCUAGGAAAUUGGUUCACUGUUGAGAGUGAUCCUAGAUGGUGCUGCACUUACCUUCUUGAAGCAACUGAUCCUUUAUUCAUUGAAAUUGGGAAAGCAUUUGUUCAACAACAAUUGAAAGAGUACGGGAGGACUAGUCACAUAUACAACUGUGAUACUUUUGACGAGAACACUCCACCUGUUGAUGAGCCGGAGUACAUUUCUUCUUUAGGUGCUGCAAUUUUUAGGGGAAUGCAAAGUGGUGAUACCAAUGCAGUUUGGCUAAUGCAGGGAUGGCUUUUCUCCUAUGAUCCAUUCUGGCGGCCUCCUCAAAUGAAGGCACUUUUACAUUCUGUUCCUGUCGGAAGAAUGGUUGUACUGGAUCUCUUUGCCGAAGUGAAACCUAUGUGGUCUACUUCAGAGCAGUUUUAUGGCGUCCCUUACAUCUGGUGUAUGCUACACAACUUUGCUGGGAAUAUCGAGAUGUAUGGGAUUUUGGAUGCUGUAGGAUCUGGACCUGUUGAAGCACGCAUGAGCAGAAACUCAACAAUGGUUGGUGUUGGAAUGUCAAUGGAGGGUAUUGAACAAAAUCCUGUAGUUUAUGAUCUUAUGGCUGAAAUGGCAUUUCAACAUAGUAAAAUCAAUGUGAAGAUGUGGAUUGAUGAAUAUUCUGUAAGACGAUAUGGGAGAUAUGUUGCAAGAAUGCAAGAAGCCUGGAGUAUACUAUAUCACACUGUUUACAAUUGCACAGAUGGUGCCUAUGAUAAAAACAGGGAUGUAAUUGUGGCAUUCCCUGAUGUUGAUCCCUACAUCAUUUCUCUAUCACAAGCUUCUAUAAGACACAUAUAUUACCAGAGUAACAGACAAAUAUCCAGGAGGGCUUUCCUAGAAGAAACAACAGCUGAUUCUUAUGAUCAACCUCAUCUCUGGUACUCAACAUCUGAAGUUCUACGCGCAUUGGAACUUUUUCUUGAAAGUGGUGAUGAACUAUCAGGAAGUAACACUUACAGGUACGACCUUGUUGACCUGACAAGACAAGCUUUGGCAAAAUAUGCCAAUCAAUUAUUCAUAAAGGUUAUAGAGGAUUACAAAUUAGAUAAUGUACUUGGAGUUGCUCGCCACAGCCAAAAAUUUCUAGAGCUUGUAAAAGACAUGGACACACUUCUAGCUUGCCAUGAUGGAUUUCUUCUAGGACCUUGGUUAGAGAGCGCAAAGAAACUUGCCCGAAACGAAGAGCAGAGAGAGCAGUUUGAAUGGAACGCUAGAACUCAAUUAACUAUGUGGUUUGACAACUCGGAGGAGAAAGCGAGUCUGCUUCGUGACUAUGCAAACAAGUAUUGGAGUGGGCUUCUGCGAGAUUAUUAUGGGCCCCGGGCAGCCAUAUAUUUCAAAUUUCUGAUCCAGAGUUUGGAGAAAGGAGAUGGUUUUGGACUAAAAGCUUGGAGGAGGGAAUGGAUUAAGCUUACAAAUGAAUGGCAAAGCAGUCAGAAUGAAUAUCCAGUGGAAAGCACCGGAGAUGCUCUUGCCACAUCCAAGUGGCUGUACGACAAAUACUUGCGUGAUCCCGACACAUACGAUCACUAAACGGGGCAGACUUUGUGCAACCAAAUGAAUCUUUACUGAAGGAACAAGCUCCGAGAACGGGUUUACCACUCUAAAAUGUCCAUCUGGUAAAUUCUGUUCUAUCCUUGCUUGCUAACCUCUCUUUGUUUUUUGAGUUGCACGGCUUGUAAUAGAAGUCAGCGUUGGGGGCUUGUUUGGCUCAAUAAUGUGUAUGAAGACAUCUUUAACCUGCUGAAGUUUAUAGCAUGACUAUUGCAAGUGAAUCAGAUUUGCAAGACCGAUGGCCAAGUUUCAUGG